AUGUACGAGGAGUUGCUGAUCGGAAUGGAGUUCGAUGUGGCUGUGGGUUUUCUGACGAAAUUGCCCGACACGAUCACUUCGAAUGAAUUGUUCCGAAACAUCGACUACUUGAUGCGAACGAACGGCAGCUCCGAGAACGGAAAAGGCCGCAAGAAGUUCAAUCAGAUCCUCCAAGAGGUGAACGAGCGAAUUUGCGGCUCUUCUAACUUCAAUGGAAACACUCCAUCAAUUCAUCAAAUCACAGAAAACCUCCAGGGAAUGAAGAUGAGCAAAAGCCUAUCGGAAUUCGUCAACGAUUUGCUCAAAUCCCCA